AUCUUUUCUUCCAUGCACUUUUUUUUGCUUUUAUUUGUUCUUUCUCUCUCUCUCUCUUCUGUUCUAUUCUUCUUUUAGCUGUUCAUGCCUUUUGUUUUUGUCCAAACCCUAGACUCAUCGAGACUCAGGAGAAAUGCAUCACAGUCAUCACUUUGGUCCAUGUCUGCAUUGCCACCCUCAAAGCUACAUUAGAAUGGUUCAACAUCUUAUUGAGAGAUGCUUGCUACUUCACAUGAAUCGUGACCAAUGCAUAAAGGUACUAGCAGAGCAUGCACGCAUUAGGCCCCUCGUUACGCUUACAGUAUGGAGAGAGCUACAAAAGGAGAAUAGGCACUUCUUCCAAGCAUACUUCCACUCUAUUUCUCCCAGACCUUUAAUGGGCAGUUGUAUUCAAAGGGGGCCAAGAUUUGGAAGAAGGAAACAGCACUGGAAGUGAAUGUGGUUGUUCUGAAACAUAUAUAUGUGUGAGGAAGUUAAACUAAUUAAUUACAACUCAAAACUAGCUAGCCAUCAUUUUGAAUAUCCUAGUUUGUAAUUAUAGCUGAAAAUAAGGUUCGAUGAUUUGGGAAAAUGGAUAAAAUCCCAGUCAAGUAUCAAAUAUUUUUGCUACUCAUGACUUUGUGUGCCACAAAUAUAGGUUUUAACUAGUUUCCCACAAGGGCUGGGGCACUUUUGAAUGGUUUAAAUUACGACUUUGUUUUAAAGAUAGAUUUUACUAUGAUUCA